CUCCAACAUCCUCCUCUCGGGCGUCGCCCUCGCCGCCACCGCCCUCGCCGACGGCAAGGCCAUCGUCUCCGCCAUGAACACCAUCAAGGCCGACACCGUCGACCUCGGCAACCACGCCGCCGCCUUCAGGGGCGACAUCCUCGGCGUCCUGCCCAUCGCCAUCGGCUCCCUCCACCUCCUCGACGACAUCAAAAAGGGAACCAAGACGGCCUCGUCCUCCCAGCCCCUCACCACCCCCGAGGCCCUCGAGCUCGCCGGCGCCACCGGCGACCUCGCCAAGGAGGUCAACAAGACCCUCACCGCCAUCAUCGCCGCCAAACCAAAGUUCGACAAGCUCCUCGUCGUCAGCCCCAUCAUCCUCCUCAACCUCGAGCAGCAGCAAAAGGCCACAAAGGACUUUUCCGCCAAGGUCGUCGAAAAGGUCCCCAAGGAACUCCAGGCCAUUGCUCAGGGCCUCAUCAAGCCCAUCGACGACGGCUUCACCCAGGCCAUCGGCAAGUACAAGCUCUUCUAAAAGCGACCGAGCGACCGAGCCACCAGCGCGUGGCCCUCGGGCCCGAUUCUGUGUGUAUGACUUUUUUAUAUAUGCUCGGUGCCCACGCGCGUGGCGGGCGGGGACCUGGUGUGUGUCAUGUACAUGGACGACGAUGCCUGACACGGCGUGGGCGGCGGCUUUUAUAUGACUCGUAAAGCUGCCCUGCAAGCGAGCGAGCGAGCAAGACUUCCUGUACAUAUUUGUCCAGACGACAAA